CACCAUGCAAAAUAAUUACUCAACAUAUUUCUGAUGCAAUGUAUUCAACUAUUAAUUUAAUAUAUCCUUAUAUGCAUUUAUUAAAACAAAAAUUUGCCUCAACUGGUAGUAAUACAAUAAAUGACUAUAUAGAUUCAUUAUAUAGAUCAGCUUUAUCUGAAAACAUGGAUGAAACUGAUAAUGCAGAUAGUAGUACUGAUACUCCAACUCAAGAAAUAAUUCAGACUGAAGAAAAUAAAGUUUCUUACUAUAUAUAUCUUCCAGAAACAAAACCAACUGAUGAUCUACUAGUUUGGUAA